GCCACGGUUCAGACCCGCUAUAAAUACAGAUGGAACGGUGUAUGAAACCUUCAGAGUGGUGUUACACGUCCAUUAACCCGAUGAGUAUUUCAAUUUCACUGUCAUAGUGUGAUAUUUUGUGCAGGCAGCUGACAGUGAGGAUAGGAGCACACUGCAGCUGCGAGACGACUGAGCAUCAACGGGGACGCGUUUAAGACAGAAACCCGCCUGUCACGGUAAACGGUGCCGUUUAACUUUCGGUGCGUCAGUCUAUUAAUUUGACUUUAAAGGAGCUCCGUCAGUAUCUGUCUUGCAUCUUCUGGUCGCAGACAUGAGCGGCAGAGUCGGAGACCUCAGUCCUAAACAGGCUGAAGCACUGGAGCAGUUUCGAGAGAGGAUACAAGACAUACUUCCUCAACUUCCUGCACAGCAUGACCACUUCCUGUUACGCUGGCUCAGAGCCAGAAACUUCAAUGUCCAGAAGUCCGAGGCCAUGCUACGAAAGCAUUUGGAGUUCAGGAAACAGAUGAAAGUAGACACAAUACUCACCGACUGGCGUCCACCAGAGGUGAUAGAGAAGUAUCUGUCAGGAGGGAUGUGUGGUUACGACCGUGAAGGCAGUCCCAUCUGGUACGAUGUCAUCGGACCUGUGGAUCCUAAAGGCCUCUUCCUGUCUGCCUCCAAGCAAGACUUCAUCAAGUCCAAGAUCAGAGACUGUGAGGUCCUGCAUAAGGAAUGUGACCUCCAGUCGCAGAGGCUUGGAAGAAGAGUGGAGUCAAUCACCAUGAUCUACGAUGUAGAAGGUCUGGGUCUGAGACAUUUAUGGAAGCCUGCUAUAGAAACAUAUGGAGAGAUCCUCCAGAUGUUUGAAGGCAACUACCCAGAAGGCUUAAAAAGGCUGUUUGUCAUUAAAGCACCCAAACUCUUUCCUGUGGCCUUCAACCUCGUCAAGCACUUUCUGAGUGAGAACACAAGACAAAAGAUCUACAUCCUCGGGGCCAACUGGCAGGAGGUUUUACUGAAGUACAUUGAUGCAGAGGAGCUGCCAGUGGUAUAUGGGGGUAAACUGACGGAUCCUGAUGGAGAUCCUCGCUGUCGGACCAGGAUAAACCACGUGAGCGCAGUCCCCCCCUCCUACUAUGUGCGGGACCAUGUUAAGGUGGACUACGAGCAGUGUACGACCGUCAACCGAGGUUCCUCCAAACAGCUAGACUAUGAGAUCCUGUUCCCGGGCUGCGUUCUCAGGUGGCAGUUUUCCACUGAGAGUGCAGACAUUGGUUUUGGGGUGUUUGUGAAGGCUAAAAUGGGUGAAUGGAAGAAGGCAGGUCAGAUGGAGGAAGUCGUGCCCAGCCAGCGUUACAACUCCCACUUAGUGCCCGAAGACGGAUCACUGACCUGUGAACGCCCAGGAGUCUAUGUUCUGAGAUUUGACAACACUUACAGCAUCUUCCAGGCCAAAAGAAUCAGCUUUACCGUUGAGGUCCUGCUCCCGGACCACUUACAGUCCCCACAGACCAACGGGGGGGCCAAAAUACCUGUGCAAGCUGAGGGCAACAGCCAAUCAUAACCAAGAAGACGUGCCACUUCCAUGUUGUCAGAUCAGCAAUGUUUAGCCGCCACCAGUAAGCACAGCCUAAGAGACUUGAGUUGAAAAGGAACUGCAACAUGCUGCCAUUACACAAAAAGUAUUUAAAGUCAAGAUCUGAAUGUUUGACCAUUUAAUCAUCUUUAAUGAUGACCUUAUUCACAUGCUAUCCAUUUGGAAACAUUGAGUAAACCAAAGGAAGGACACGCAUAUCUACCAAAAGUAUGUGGACACACCUUUACAUAGCCCUACAUAAUUUUGUGCACUUUUGGUAUGGUUUUCCAUAGUUUGGGCUAGGCCCUUUCCGAAUAAUAAAAAUGUUAUUGCUACGACAUAGAGAACUGUCCUUCUAACUUUGUGGAAAGUCUUCAAAGUUUCAAUAUGGCAAUUGCCCAGUGCACAAAGCCCCAUAAAGAAAUGGUUUUCCUAGUUUGGUGUGGAAGAACUUAAACUCAACCCCAUCCAACACCUUUGGUAUGAACUGAAAUGCCAAACGCAAUCCAGACCAACAUCAGUGUUGGACUUUACUAAUGUCUAAAACCAGAGUGUAUGCUGCUCCAGCAGCAGAUUAAUGCUCAUAGCGUUGGAAAGAGAUGUUGAUUACAUAUGGGUGCAAUGCUUGGGUAUCCGCAUACUUCUGACCAUAUGGUGUGGCUUGUAUCCAGUUCUGUUUAGAAUUAGUUAUUGUUGCUAGGAGACAAAGUAGCAAGUUAAGU